AUGGUUCAUGACCUCACCAGUUAUCUUCCUCAUAGAAUGUGCGUACACUGCACAUAACAAAAUUUUGUUAGUCAGAUUCCAAAUUACCUAUCCACCCAUACCAUACAAUACCCAUAACUUCCAGCUGUAAGGGCAAUCUCGUCAUUUCCCCGUCGCUCCCUCAGUCCCUCUGGCGUACUAUAAAACUACCUCCUAUCAACUUCUGCAGCUCAAAACACACAAUCUAACACGCACAACACUCACAUUGAGAGAGAAGAUUUUCAUCAUGGAUCUCACAAAGAAACUAAGCAUUCUGGUUUUUCUCUUGUGCGUUCUGACCUCUUUGAAGAAUCAGAAGGCUGCAAGCGAUUCACGUUCGGUUCUCCACGAUCCAUCGGCUCGGCGUGAAGAGGAGCUUCAUUCUGAUGCUCGAGUCAAGGAGCGUCUUAGAUAUGACUACUACAGCGAAUCAUGUCCGUCAGCUGAAAAGAUAAUCCGAUCAACGGUCAGAGAAUUGCACGAGAUGAAGAAUACUGUUGGUCCAGCUCUAUUGAGGCUAGCUUUCCACGACUGCUUUGUCAUGGGGUGUGACGCUUCAAUUUUGUUGGACUCUGAUGGUAAUGUUAAGAGCGAGAAAGAGGCUCGCCCAAAUCGAUCUAUUAAAGGAUUCGAACAGAUCGACACAAUCAAGUCGAGACUGGAAGAGGCGUGCCCUGGUGUUGUGUCUUGUGCUGAUACUGUAGCUUUGGCCGCAAGAGAGAGCGUCCUGCUGGCUGGAGGCCAGUUCUAUCCUGUUCUAACGGGGAGGAAGGACAGCAUCGAUGCUUUUCAACUUAAUGCAACUACAGAGCUUCCUCGUCCUGACGAUGAUUUUACUAAAGCACUUCGGUCAUUUGCGUUAAAAGGAUUUGAUGCAAGAGAAUCUGUUUCCUUGCUAGGCGCCCACAGCACGGGAAAGGUUCACUGCAAUUUCAUUCGUAAACGGCUCUUCAACUUCACUGCAAAUAAAGAACCUGACUCUUCAAUAAAUCCUGAGUUUCUGGAGAUUCUUAGAGCAGAGUGCGGCCACCAGCCUGCAUCAACACCAUCUGGAUCACCUUCUCCAUCAUCAGCAGAAAAUGGCUCACCAGAUGCUGCAUCUGUCGAGGAUCGAGCAAUGAGGAUGGACUACGAAGGAGCAGGAAAAGGAUUUGGUGAGGUAUACUACCGCAGUCUUUUGCAAGGCAAAGGAUUACUGUUUGUGGACCAGCAGCUCACAUCUGGGCCCGAAACCAAGCCUUGGGUCGAAACAUAUGCUGCAGACGUUCCACGCUUCCGAAGGGACUUUGGGCAUGCAAUGUUUAAGCUUACCCAUCUCCAAGUUGCUAAGGAGGGUCAGGUUCGGCUCAAUUGCAGAAGACUCAACUGAGAAUGACAUUAGAAACCAGAGAGUUUGUAUGCUGUUAAUUUUACGUGUUUUCGAAAGAAAAAAAAGUACUUUUUUAAUUGUGCCAUAGAUAGAACAUUAUUACAACCAUACCAUAUCAAUGGGAUA